AUGGCUGACUUUUCGCAAUAUACCGCCCCCAGUGCAGACUGGGUGGCUCUUGAGCCUACCUUGCCAGCUAUGCCGAAUGUUGGUAUCGAGGAGUUAAAAAAGAUCGUCAAUAAGGGUCGAGAAGAUAUGUCCGCUCAGGGCAUCGCUGAUCGAGGCCUAGCUGAAAAGGUGCAUACCAAGGACUUCAAAAUUGCUGCUCGCGACGGAUAUGUCAUCGAAGCGCGAUCUUACCGUCCAGCGAACAUCUCCUAUUCCCAUGCCCUUCCUGUCUACAUCCAUCUCCACGGUGGUGGAUAUCUCUUUGGAACUCUCGGUUCAGAAGACGCAAUCUGCUCUCGCAUUGUCGCCGACCAACUCGAGAAGAAUUUCCCCGUAGUCGUCUUCAAUAUCAACUAUAGACACACGCCCGAAUAUAAAUACCCGACUGCGUGGAACGACGUUGAGGAUGCUUUCGUCUGGUUCCACGAGAACAUCUCCGAGGUCGGCGGACGCGGAGGAGAGGUCGUGGUCGGGGGUAUCUCAGCCGGAGCCCAGUUGACUGCUUCUCUGACACUUGCUCAGUAUCGCGGCGACAAUGACGAUCUGGCUGCUUGUCCACGAAUCCGAGGACAGGUCCUGAUGAUCCCUUGUCUUGUCCAGCUAGAUUAUUAUGCCCCGCGACAAGACAAAUUGCGCAGUCCAGAACUGUCGAGUCUAAUAGGCUGCGCUAAUGCGCCAAUCCUACCAAUCGACAGAAUCAAGCUCUUUGGGUCCCUGCUGGAUGUCAAUAAGGACACAAACACCGGCGACGACCGCAGACUUAAUCCCGGAAAUGCCACCGCGGAAGAGGUGAAGGAACUUCCUCCGACAACUUUCGGUAUUGCAGGAAAUGAUCCUCUUCGCGACGAGGGCCUUUUCUACGCGCAGCUUCUCAAUGAGAAUGGGGUGCCUACUGAUGUUCACGUCUUCCCUGGCGUCCCUCAUGGAUUCCGCCGCUACGGCGACAAGUUGGCUGCCUCGAGUAAGAGGUGGGACGAGGUUAUGACGAACGGUAUUUCUUGGGCGUUGUCUAGCCCUGAAGUUGGCUCCUUCGAGAUCAAGUCGGAAUGA